AAUCUUGAUAAAUCAUGAAUGGAUCUAAUGCAUAUGAAUAAGAAAUCCAGUUCAGAGCAAAUCAAAUUAUAAUUUUUAAAAAUGAUUCAAAAAUUUCAGUUCACACCAGAACAAAUAAUCAUACAUGGACCAAAUAAUAUAGAUUGAACAUGAUUGAGGUUACAAAUAUGUUUGAUCUGUUCAUCAAAAUAGAUUCAAAAGCUUUCACAGAAACUCAGAAAUUAUUGUUUCAAAUCAAGAUCAAAAUAUAUAACUUAUAAAUUAUGAAUACUUAUCUAUCGUUUACAGGUUUCAAAACAGGCUUAUGGCUUUCAACAUUAAACGAGAAAUUCAACACAAAAUGAAAAGAAAAAUUGAAAUCUACAUUUCAUGUAUGUUCAAUAACAUCAAUAAACUUUACAAAAACAUUCAGAUCACAAAUAAAACAUCUUAACUUACAAUUAUUUAGGAAAAUUUCAACAGCAACCAAACACUCCUAACAUAAGCCAGCAAUUAAAAAAAUGAGAGAAAUGCCUGGCAGAACAUAUAAUUGAUUGCCAAGUAAUAAAAAUUACAAAUUUACAAGUUUCACUUAUUAUACUCAAUAAAACUUUAUUUAAAAACGGUUUUGAAAUUUUAUUCACCCUUUAUGUUGUUUAAAAUUAUUUGUUAAUUCAGAAAUAGAACUUUGUUACAGUAGUCAACACAAAUGUAUCUGAUAAAUUACCGUUUAAAAAAGUUAAGUGUGCAUAUCGAUUACACCGAUAUUUGCUAUCAAGUUUUUGAUAUUUUGAAAUAUCGAAUUGGAGAUUCAAUUUUAAUCGAGAAAAUUUAAUAUUAGGCCUACAGUAUGUGAAUAAUUUUGUUUUUUCUGCUACAAAUUAGUUUUACAAUAUUAAUUGUAACAAUUCUGAUUCUUCUGUAAGGAGAUCGAUUGGUUUAUUCACGAAGGUGGAAUGGGAAGAUUGUAAUGAAUAGCCGGCCCUUAUCUACCAGAGGUUUUUUGUUGCUAGGGCAAUAUCAAACAAUACACCUUCCUUUCCAACGGUUCAAUCGCAAAAAUAUGAAGGAUUCAGCAAAAAAACGGAACAAUAGGAUGAAGCUAUCAUUGCACUAACUCAAAUAAUGUUGUCUAGGAGAGAAAAUUUAUUGAUCCGACCAUGGCAAGAGAGGCGUUAUGUUAAUCACAGAAAAAAGGUUGAUGGAGCAUUGCCUGCAAUAGAUGUCAGUCCACCAACUGAGAGAGCUCAUGUCACUUGCAAGUUGAAAAAACUGCAGAAGGAAGCCGAACGUUGCUCUAGAAUAGAAAAAGACAAUUUCACCCUUUUACAGCACCUGAGCUCUAUUAUGCAUACUAGCAGAGUGGAUAAUAUGUGGAUUGAAGCUCCUCCAAAUUUUUCGAAUAAAGUUGGAAUUUAUGCAGCACAUCCGAAUCGUUUGCAGAGAGUUUCACCCACUACUAAACUAAAUCCAGCUUGCAGUAGAAAAGAGCGUUGCUAUGGAUGUAGCCCACAAAGGAUUCCUCAACAGAUGAAAAUCCCAGAGGAAAGAAUACCUUGGGAGCCUCCUCGUCAGAGUGUAUCAGUAAAACCAUCUAAGACUAAGGAAGACUCGAACAAAAUGAAGAACUUAUCCAGAUGUGAAGUUGACAUUCCGGAAUUUAGAGGGAAAAAAUGGUCCCCACCUCUUUCUGAGCCAUCCGCAAACUCGUCCAUUAAAAAAAGCAAUAGCAACUCAGCUUCUUCCAGAUCAUCUAAUCGGAAAUCGUCAAGACCAAAAAGCGAGAAGUAUACUGAGAAGAACCUUCCAAACAUAGAAACUCAAAGCAUUGUUCUCUCAAGGGGUGCUCUCCAUCUGGCCGUGAAUUUUCCAACGCACACGACCGUCAUUUUGAAGGAUGGCAGUCGGCAAAAGGUUCUUCAGUCAGAGUAUUGCCACUGUGCCGCAAUGCCACCAACAACGCCCCCGCCCCCGCCAACCAAGUGAAAACAUCGUCAUUUUAUAUUUUAUAGAAACUAACUAGUGAUCAUUUUCAAAACACAUUAAUUAUAGACAACAAUGAGAUUCAAUAGAGUUGAUUUAGAAUUCUAGAUUCAAGUAGUUUCACUUCAUAAUUAUUAUUCAACAAAAAACCUAAUUGAAUGCUGUAAAUCACCCCGAAGACUUCUGCUACUGCAAAUGAUUCCAUCUGUAGUUUCACUUCUAAAAAUAGUAUUUUUCGACUUUUAUAAAACUAGGCAUCACAUUAUUGAAGUAAAGAAUGAUCUUGAAAGUAUACUUUUUAGUGUUUUGGUAUAAUCCUAUUUUAUAUUUUCCUAUUUAUCCACUAUCAUCUACCCUAGUUUCAAAUAUAGUAAACAAAUAAAUUAAAAAAUGACCAUGAAAAUGUUUUCUAUAUGUUUUAUACGAGGCGCGUUCAUAAAGUAAGAGCCAUUUGGUCACAGAAAAAAAUAUACUCAUAAGAAACAAAUUAGUUAAUAUUUAGUUAGGUACAAUCUUUCUUUACUCCUCUACAUAAUCGCCGUUCACUUGUGAACAUUUUUCGUACCGCUGCCCUAGCUUCUUUAACCUUCCCGAACUUGCCGCCUGAGAGUGGAACCAGUUGACAACGGCAUUUUGAGUCCCUCUUCGGUUUCAAAGCGUUGUCCACCGAGCCACUGUUUAAAAUGCAAGAAGAGGAAGUAGUUGCUAGGUGCAAGGUCGGGAUCACUGUCAUCUGGCAUAAUUCUCCUCCACGAUACCGCGCGUCCUCACACUGCUGCCAAAACCAUUAAGAAAAUUCAAGAUUUUCGUUGGGAAAUUUUUGACCACCCACUCUACAGUCCCGACCUUGAACCUAGCGACUACUUCCUCUU